AUGGAGAGUUUAAGAGAUUUUCUGAAUAUUUUAUGAGAUGGCCACAUAUGAGUAAUAGCAAAAAACAGUUUUCUUCAAAAGCUUAUAAAACAAAAGCUUAAUUUAUUUCAUCAAUGUCAAGAUACUGCUAUGAAUAUUAAGGCUCUAGCAUUUUUUAGCAUUAUAGAAUUAUUAAAACAAAUUAGUCUUUCUGAAGUGUUUUGAAGAUUUUAA